AGGCCCAAAAUGCCCUGUUCAUUAGGGUUAAUCUGCUUGAUAUGCUGUAUCGGCCAAUCUGCUUGAAGUGUUCAUCUGCCGGAAUAAGAAUGUUGCAAUAUUGCUCGAUUUUUGAGGCAAGCCAUUAGCCAAUGUCAAACACUGGCCGAGGGUCACCGAUGGUUGACUCGGAGACAGCACUUGCACACGAACACACCAUGUCCACCAUCGCAUGGUUGAACUCUCCGUGUCGUGCUAAUCAAAAUCUCGGGACACUUCAAGAUCAUAUCAAAAUUCGACAGUGGCAUCGUUAUAAACCUGAGAAUGCAAAUCCCGCCAAAAAAAUUGCUUGUUCGAUGGCGAGAUAUGAACGAAACCAUUUUCUGCAAGCGCACACGAUGCUGGUGUUGAGUGGCUGAACGAUGAGCGAGGACUGCCGAGCGAGCUUGAAAAGGUUGACGACUCAUACUUCUUGCUUGGAGGGGCAAAUGCAGAUAUUGAGUUGCGCUCUCCCUAUCUCCGGGACUUCCUGGACGAAACACCCCGAAACGUGAAUCCCCACGCCAAGGUGUUAACAACAUCGUCCAUUGUUGCGUCGUCGUCGUUAGAGGCACUUCCUGAUGCAAAAACCUGGGAUGUAUGGCUGUAGAACCACAUUUACCCUAA